AUGAAGAAAGUCAACUUUGUGUCUGCUGAGGAGAUGGAACCAGUCCAAGAAGGGGAGGAUACACAAUUUGCUGAGGUGUGCUACAUGAGCAAUGGGCAAGGAGGUUACAACAAAGGAUACUAUAAUUACAAGUCCAACCCUGCCAUGUCAUACCGCAACACUGAUGUUGCUAACCCUCAGGACCAAGUAUAUCCUCAACAACAAGCAGCUCGAUCGAGUCAGGUGCCACAACAUGGGUAUGGUCAAAAGAACAAUUACCAAGGACCACAAGGCACUUUCCCUGGACAACAAAUGAAUAUCCCACCAGGCUUUCCCCACCAACCGCCCCAGCCUGCACCUUCACAAGAGAAUGAGCUCAAGGCAAUGCUAAAGCAACUACUUCAAGGGCAAGCUGAUGGGCAAGGACAACUACCUGGUAAAGCUAUUCAGAACCCCAAGGAACAGUGCAAGGUCAUCUUCACUCAAGAAGGACUUGUUGAAGAAGAGGAUCAAGAAAGGGUCAUUGAAGAUUUUUGUUUACUGCUGAAUGAUGAAGAGAUUGUUGCUGCUGAGGCUCCUGGAGUCCAGAUUGAUCAACCAGAAGUGCAUGCACCUACUGUGGCCAUUCACACUUCACCAGUUGAGCUCGCACGACAAGCUCGAUCGGCAGCUCGAUCGAGUCCAACUCUAGCUCGAUCGAGUCCGACCUCUUCUGUCCGACAGCCUGUUUUGCUUGAUCCUUACCAACCGGUUGCCGCUUCCUCGUCUCGCCUACUUAGUCAAGGUCACAAGGAAGUGAUUCACAAGUUCAGAAGAGAUCUCAGUGGGAUUGGAAUUGAGUUGCCUCCUAUGGAUAGCAUGAGUGAGGCAUUUGAUCAAAUGCAAAUGGUCAAGGAUGUUCUGCCAACAGUGAUAAAGUUUCAGAGGUCCUACAAGAGUCUACUCAUCAGUUCAACCUGCUUACUUCACCCACCUUCCUACCAAAGGUCAAGGAUCAAGGGAAAUUCACUCUCCCUUGCACACUUGGGCAUCUUGAGAUUGACAAUGCCUUAG